AUGGCCAACGCGAUCAACAAGCCCAAGAGGCCUAAUUCCAAGAGGCAGCCCGUCCGCCUCCGCCACAAGAUCCAGAAGGCCUCGGCCGCGAAGCAGCGCAAGGAAAAGAAGCUCGGCAAGAAAAACCCAGAAUGGCGCUCCAAGCUCAAGAAGGAUCCCGGCAUCCCCAACCUCUAUCCCUUCAAGGAGAAGGUUCUCGAGGAGAUUGAGGAGACGCGCAUGCGCAAGAAGGAGGAACAGCUGAAGCGGCGUGAGAUGGCCAAGGCUGCCAAGUCUGGCGUCCUCGGCCAGGAUGGCAUCGACGCUGCCAACAUGCCCGUCGACGUCGAGGACGGCGACGUCGACGGCAUGAACGUGGACGGGGACGGCGAGCUCGACGAGUCCAACCCCAUGGCCGCCCUCCUCGCCACGGCGCGCAAGGCCGCCGAGAAGUACGAAGGCGGAGACAUGGACGAGGAUGACGACGACGACGACGACGACGAAGAGGAUACCAGAAACGUCGUCGACCCUACCUUCAAGAAUGCCACGUCCCGCAAGGCCUACGACAAGAUCUUCAAGCAGGUUGUUGAGCAGGCCGACGUCAUCCUCUACGUUCUUGACGCCCGCGACCCCGAGGGCACCCGCUCCCGCGACGUCGAGCGCGCCGUCAUGGCUGCGGCCGCCGGCGGAAAGCGCCUCAUUCUCGUCAUCAACAAGAUCGAUCUUAUCCCGGCCAAGACGCUCAAGGCCUGGCUCACCCACCUCCGCCGCUUCUUCCCCACCAUGCCCCUGCGCGCCUCGAACCCGGCCCCCAACGCCCACACCUUCAACCACAAGGAGCUCACCGGCCAGAAGACGGCCAGCGACCUCCUGCGCGCCCUCAAGUCGUACGCCGCUGCCAAGAACCUCAAGCGCGCCGUCUCCGUCGGCGUCAUCGGCUACCCCAACGUCGGCAAGUCCUCCGUCAUCAACGCCCUCCUCGGACGCUACAGCAGCGGCAACCGCAGCGCCUGCCCCGCCGGCGCCGAGGCUGGUGUCACCAAGAGCAUCCGCAACGUCAAGAUUGACAGCAAGCUGACCCUCCUCGACUCGCCCGGCAUCGUCUUCCCCUCGGCCUCGACCUCGACCACGGGCGGCCUCGUGUCACUGAAGAACGCUGCCGAGGCUUUCGCCCAUCUCGUCCUCCUCAACGUCGUUCCGCCCCGCCAGAUCGAGGACCCCGUCCCCGUCGUCGUCCGCAAUAUUUGCAUCUUCUUCCCCGGCGGUGUGCCCAACCUGCACUCUGCCGCCAUGACCGUCGUCACGGACUGGCGCGACGGCCGCAUUCAGGGCUGGACUGAGCCGCCCGUGCUCGCCGUCGCCGACGCCAACGCACCCGUUGAUGCUGAUGCCGUUGUCGCUGACGACAUGGCGGCGCCGGACCAGAAGACAGUCGUCACGGAGUGGGCCAAGGAGUUCAAGAUUGAGGGUCUCUGGGGCGAUGACGGUGCUGACGACGAAGUCAUGGAGCAGUAG